GUGAGGGAGAUGGACGAGAGGGGAGCGCGCUCGCCACAUGUGUACCCUGCCUCUCUGUUUCUUCCUGCAGACUGGAUAUUGGGAAGCAAAUUUGGGUGUGAAAUCCUCGGCGAAGGAGCACGCAGAGUCCAUGAUGGCUCAGACCGAGUGAGUGAGAGGCAGGGCGAGGACGCCCCUCGCUCGGAGCGCCCGGACUCGCGGACUCGCGCUGGCUCCGGGCUCUCUACGAUUUCCUCUCGCAGACUUUUCCCGGGUCUGGAGCGAUCCUGUGCCCAGAGGGGGCCCGAGCUGCACAAGCCCGCGAUGAAGAAGAAAAGCCUGGGUCUCUCUGACCACCUUUGGGCCUGGACCCUCCUUCUGAGCACACUGACUGGAAGAAGUUAUGGACAACCCUCAUUACAAGAUGAACUUAAAGACAAUACCACUGUCUUCACCAGGAUUUUGGAUCGGCUCCUAGACGGUUAUGACAACCGCCUGAGACCAGGAUUGGGAGAGCGUGUAACCGAAGUGAAGACUGACAUCUUCGUCACCAGUUUCGGACCCGUUUCGGACCACGAUAUGGAAUAUACAAUAGAUGUAUUUUUCCGUCAAAGCUGGAAGGAUGAAAGGUUAAAAUUUAAAGGACCCAUGACAGUUCUCCGGUUAAAUAAUCUAAUGGCAAGUAAGAUCUGGACUCCAGAUACCUUUUUUCACAACGGAAAGAAGUCAGUGGCUCACAACAUGACCAUGCCCAACAAGCUCCUGAGGAUCACAGAGGACGGUACCUUGCUAUACACCAUGAGGCUGACAGUGAGAGCUGAGUGUCCAAUGCACUUGGAGGACUUCCCCAUGGAUGCCCACGCCUGCCCACUAAAAUUUGGAAGCUAUGCUUACACGAGAGCAGAAGUUGUUUAUGAGUGGACCAGGGAGCCAGCACGCUCGGUGGUGGUCGCAGAAGAUGGGUCACGUCUCAACCAGUAUGAUCUUCUUGGACAAACAGUAGACUCAGGGAUUGUUCAGUCUAGCACAGGAGAAUAUGUUGUCAUGACCACUCAUUUCCACCUGAAAAGAAAGAUUGGCUAUUUCGUUAUUCAAACAUACCUGCCCUGCAUUAUGACAGUUAUUCUGUCCCAAGUCUCCUUCUGGCUCAACAGAGAAUCUGUACCAGCAAGGACUGUCUUUGGAGUAACAACUGUGCUCACCAUGACAACUUUGAGUAUCAGUGCCAGAAACUCCCUCCCGAAGGUGGCAUAUGCAACUGCUAUGGACUGGUUCAUUGCAGUGUGCUACGCCUUUGUGUUCUCAGCUCUGAUAGAGUUUGCCACCGUAAACUAUUUCACCAAGAGAGGUUAUGCCUGGGAUGGCAAAAGUGUGGUUCCAGAAAAGCCAAAGAAAGUGAAGGACCCUCUUAUUAAGAAAAACAACACUUAUGCUCCAACAGCAACCAGCUACACCCCUAAUCUGGCCAGGGGUGACCCUGGCUUAGCCACCAUUGCUAAAAGUGCAACCAUAGAACCAAAAGAAGUCAAGCCAGAAACAAAACCACCAGAACCCAAGAAAACCUUUAACAGUGUCAGCAAAAUUGACCGGCUGUCAAGAAUAGCCUUCCCGCUGCUAUUUGGAAUCUUUAACCUGGUCUACUGGGCUACAUAUUUAAACAGAGAGCCUCAGCUAAAGGCCCCCACCCCACAUCAAUAGGUCCUUUUAUUCACAUUCUGUUGUUCAAUCCUCUGCACUGGAAAUUGCUUUCUGUUCUCAACGCAGUACUUCCCAUCUGCUUUAUUGCCUCUGUCUUAAGAAUCUGAAGGCCUUCUUAUUUCCACAAUUCAUACUAGAACAACAGACCCCUGUCGGGCAGUUCAGAGCAGAGCAGAGCAGAGCAUACAGCUGAGAGACAGGAUUCUGAGAGAGAGAGAGAGAGAGAGAGAAAGAGAAAGAGAGAGCGCGCACACGCGCGCACACACACGCGCGAGUGAGAGCACGAGCAAAAACAAGAGGAGACAGGAUGGAAGAGGCAAGGAGAGGGGUGUAGUUCCAGAGAUAGGAGGAAAAGUAGAAGAAAAAUAAAGCUGAACUCUAGAUUUGUAGAUAUAUAUUUCCAAAUAUUCUAAAAAAAGAUGCUGUAUAUGUCAAAAUAUUUUUAUGUGAAGGUGUUUAAGAGUAAAUUAUAAAUGUUUAAUGAAGAAAAUUUUCAAAGACUGUCUUUAUUGCACAAAUUACGGUGUACUUACAUUUUUGUUUUGUUUUUUAAGCUGAUGUAUAACCUUUUUGUUUCCAAAGCUAAAAGACCCCAUUCUUUCUCCUAUUACAAAUGCCUAACAUGUCAUUUUGUUGCUAAAUGCUAUUUUAAAAUUCAUGGAAACUGCAUAGGCAAAGGAGCAUUUCCUCGCUGUAGAGCACAUUUAAUUCAAUGGAGAGAAAUGCUCUAAAUAUGCUAUUUCACUAUCCCCUAAGCUUUUAUUACUAGACUUGAUGAGGAAUCAUUUUAAAAGAUACACACACAAUAAAAACCAAAAAAUAAAUAAAAUAAUUUAAAAAGAUUCCCUUCCCUAUCAUGUCUAUUUCCAGAUAGCACACGGGGCCAAUAAUCACUCCAUUCUCAUUAUACAGAUGUUUUAGAGGGGCAGAGAUAUUUUGCAAGCUCUAGAAUUGUUGAAUGUAUUCUUUUAUAUAACAGUACAUUAAAAGCUUUAGAUUGAAAUUUAUGACUAGUGAACAAAAAUAGAAUAUUUAAAUUAUAUAUGUAAAUAUACAGCAUGAGAUUGUACAUUUUUUACUUUUUUUAAAGUUGUGUUCUUAAAAUACUGUAUAAGACUCACCGCUGUUAGCUGUUAGAAUGUUAAGUGCUAUGGAAAUACUUUUAGAACCUGCAUUUAAGAUGAGAACAGCUUGUAGGAAUCAGAUGGAACUUCAAAUACAUGGGCAUAAAGUUCCUAUGUGUACAGAAAGCUUCUAAUUUCAAACUGUUGUCUGAUGUACAGCAGUAAAUCAGUUGCUAUCUGCUCAAGUCCUGCCACACGUCCCUAAAUUAGGCUCUUGUAAUACAGAAAGAAAAUGGGAAAGCAUUAGUGAGAGCUAGAAAAUCAACUGUAUAUUACUGCUUUCUUUGCUGAUAUCAACUAUUUCAGUAAGUGUUGUACCAUAUGUAGCACCAAAUAUAAAAAUACAUGAAAGAAUGUAUAGGAAAUAGCUUUUAUUGAGUAAUAUUAUUACAUCUCAUUUAUACUGUAGCAAUAUAUUUGUAGGUAUACUAUGUAAGGGCUUUAACUACAAGAGGUCCAGUAAUACUCCCUAUGAAAAUUCUAGUCUGUUUCAUUACUUCCCAGAUGUUUUGGAGAUAAAUAUUUAUGCAGAAGGUAUUUUUGAAGUCUCCUUUUGUCUGACAGAGUUUCAGAGAUAUUUACAAUUAGCAUCCAGAAUCCACAGGCCAUGGUCUAGGAAACACAUUUAGAACACCAAAACAUAAACCUGCCAGCACAGUUGCCAAAUGAGGCAGUUGGGACCCAUAUACAAGUUUGGAGUAAUGUUUUUCUCAAAAAGCUGCUAUCCAAUGAUGCAGGAAAAUACACUGUGUUUUCCUAAACAAACUCUGGUUUUCUUUUUAAAUGUGCUUUAUUGUUUGAUUUGGUCCUGUGUAAAUUUCAUGAGCUAGGCCAAUAAAGGCUGAACCAAGGAUGUUCAUCCUCUGGUAUCUUAUGUAGAUAUCAUGUAUAGAAAAUAAAGUAAAAUAUGGCUCUAACUUCUGUGUUACUGUUUAUCUUGUUAUUUUUCAAUGUUAAUCUAAUGUAUUUAUUAAGAGCAUUUUAUCUUCCAGACUCGUCAUAGCUGACAUUUGGUCUGUAUUUUGCUCAUUAGAUGUGAAUAUUUCUUAUUAGUCUGCUUUAUGCUAUGCAAUGACUGCAUUUCUAUCAUUUCUUAGUUUGUUGGUGUAUGUGGAUAGUAUUCUAUUGUAUUAAUUGAUUGCAUAAUUUAUCAAAGACAAAUUAUUCUAUGUAGCUUUUCUACAGUGCUUUGCUAAACCGUGUAAUACUAGUUAAGUCUUCCUUGAAAAUAAAGUUACACUCUUAUAGAGGACAGUUCCUGUUUACUCCCAGGAAUAUUUUUUAAAAGAUGACACUGAAUGUUUAUUGCACAUUAGUGCAGUGAAGUGGCAAUAAAACCUAAUAUGAAUCGGGGUUGUUUAUGGCAGAUGCAUGUAUUGCUUUACAGAGUUUAGCAAAAGCUCUUAAUUUUAUGUCAUACUGUAUUCUAUUAUAAUAAUAAAGCUAACAUCAUUCAAUAACAAGACAGAAUGUGUGACUCUUUUGUCAUGUUAUCAAUAGGUCCUACCAUUUUCCUGUUUUAAAACAGUUUCAGGUAAGAGCACCUAGAAGUUCCAAGUGCUGGC